AUCAGAUCUCGUGCAUUUUUUUUGUGUUUACACAUGUGCAACAAAUUCAGAUCUGUGUCAGAUGUGAGCAAAAAAUCUGUUUUUUUGUGUCAGUGUAAACGCAGCCCUUGUGAAUGAUUGUAUAAUUUAAUUCACAACCUCACCAUCAUGAUUUUAUGGACUUUUAUGGACUUGCAGUGUAGUGUCAGAACCAUAUAAAGAGCAUCUUCUGUCUGGAUGUCAAGAUAACAGUUGCUGUGGUGUUGCUGGUGAAGAGUGAAGACUCAGGAUUUACAGGAAUAAUGAGUGCAUCCAAACCCCAGGAAAGCGGUGAGGUGCGAAUCGAACCCUCUCUGAAUAAGAAUGAAGCAGAGUUUAUAGACGGAAGGAGAAAAUCUGUUCUACAAAGCCUGAAGAAGCUUCAGAUAGAGUGCACUCAGGAUGAGGUGCCAAACAUUGCCUUACUGGGUUCUGGAGGAGGACAAAGAGCCAUGGUGGCUUUGCUGGGAUCCCUGGUUCAGCUCCAGAAAACAGGUCUUCUGGACUGCAUCCUUUAUCUGAGUGGAGUCUCUGGAUCCACCUGGUGUAUGGCCUCCGUAUAUCAGGAACCAGACUGGUCCACCAAACUAGAGACUGUGAAAGACAAGAUCAUUCAGAGACUCAGUGGUCCUGAAGUCAGCUGGACAGAAGCAUUUGACAAACUGAAGCAUUAUUACUAUGGGAAAGACCACUUCAGUCUGACUGACAUCUGGGCAGUGAUGGUCGUCACGGCAUUUGUGAAAGAGAUCGAUGAACACACACUCACAGAGCAGUGGAGCCAUCAGAGUAAAGACGGUAAAGUCCCGUUUCCCAUCUACACCGUGAUCGACAAGAAGUGCAAACACCACAAUAUCGGAGACCCCUGGUUCGAGAUCACUCCUCAUGAAGCAGGUUAUUCUCUCACUGGAGCGUUUGUGGACGCCUCCAACUUUGGCAGCAAGUUUCACAAAGGCUCCAAGAAAUAUCAGCAGGAUGAAUUUGACAUGCUGUACCUGCAAGCUCUAUGCGGAAGCGCUUUAGCUGAUGAAGUGGAGAUUAAGAAACUCCUCUGGCAAAAGAUAAAAGAUUUCUUUCAACAAAAGGAAACAAUACUUGAGGAAACGGAGAAGAGUAAAGCCAGGGACAGAAGUGUUCCCAGUGGGCCUAUGGGCCAGGCGGGAGUUCAAUCCAGGGGGCCAGAAGCGCUACUGCACCCUGAACAAGAUCCAAAUGCCCCAGCUACAGACGAGGAGUGUUACCAGGUGCUCAUGAACCUUGUGGACAUGAAUCUCUCUGUUUUGACUGGCAAUGAUCCUGCUGCUUUUGAUGAAUCCAUCGGGACAUCACUGAACGGCCCCUGUGGACGCAGAGGUGUGGCUUGUUCGAGAGCUGCUCAUAAAAAAGCUGCUCAUAAAAAAGCAGAUGUGAAUAUGAAGAGAUACACCAAGGAAGUAUGCAACAGUUUGAGUGGAUUUCAUUUCUGGCCAUAUGAUGCGUGGAUGAGCAUUAUUAACUGCGUGAAUCAGUGGAGCUGGGGCAGGAAUCAUAACUUCCUCCACAAUAUGAAAGGCAAAGCAGUUCCCUCCACUCUUCUGGAAACUAAGACGAGAGACUAUGAAGAUGCCGGACUGUUGCUGAACUCACCCUACUUCUCAGUGCUGAGAAAAGAGAGAGACAUCGACCUCAUCAUUUCACUGGAUUUCAGUGAGGGUGAUCCUUUCAUGACGGUGAAGGAAGCUGCCAAGAUGUGCAAGGAACUAAACAUCCCUUUCCCUGAGGUCAACAUUCCCAGUGGACACUCAGAGAAACCGAUAGACUUCUAUCUGUUCAAAGGCAAAAACACUCCAACCGUGAUCCACAUCCCUCUCUUUAAUGUGGUCAACUGUGGAGGUGAUAUUGAGACCUGGAGGAAUAAUUAUAAGACCUUUCAAGGUCCUUACAGCGCUGAGAAGAUCACUGAUCUCAUGAAGGCCGCUGGAAAAAACAUCACAAACAACAAAGACAGUCUGCUGGAGCAGAUCUGUGCGGUCAUUGGGCAAAAAGGAUCCAGGCACAUGAAUACAUAUAACACUGACUAAAAUCUGAAUAUAGACUAAACUAAUCUGCAUAUCAGCAGUGUUGGGGGUAACACAUUACAAGAAACUUGAGUUACGUAAUCAGAUUACUUUUUCAAGUAACUAGUAAAAUAACGCAUUACUUUUAAAUGUACAAUGUAAUAUCUGAGUUACUUUUUCAAAUCAGUAGCACAAGUUAUUUUUUUUUUUUUUCAUAUUUAUUGACUGAUGCCUCUCCUGUCGCCAUGUUGAGAGGAAUCGUAAGUGUGUGUAACAUAACAUUACUUUCCUUAAAAUUAACUAAGUAAUGCAAUUAGUUACUUUUUAUGGGUGUAAUGCAAUAUUGUAACGCAUUACUUUCAAGUCAUCUUCAUUUAUAUAGCACUUUUCACAAUAUAGAUUGUUUCAAAGCAGCUUCACAGUGAUAAUAGUAAAAUUAAUGGACAGAGAUUGUUUUGGCUUUACAGCAGCUCUAAGAACUUAAAGUUAUCAAGUUAAAGUAGGUUUUUAAUUGAAUCACUUCUGUUGUAAAAAUUGUAAGGGGCCGCUUAAAUGACACCUUUGUAACUGAAAACAGAAGACU